CAACAACUGACACCAGCAAGGCACUUCUUAAAUCCAUCGCUGCACAUAAACUGGAUCUGCUCGAAGUUACUCAAACCACCUCUUUACCAGCCACGUCUCUUCAAAAGACGCAAACCAUCAAUCAUGACGGCUAUCUUGGGCAAGGUCGCCUUCAACAUACUUUACGGAGAUCGAAAGAAGAAAAUCGCCCAGUUUCUUCGCACCACCACACCUGAAUCCGUUCUCUCAGACCUACAUGCUUGCCUCGUUCGAGAAGGAGUCUCCUCCAUCACACCACAAGCCGUCUUCGACGCGUCUAGCAUCCGGGACUCGCCCCAAGGGCAGCCUUACUGGACGAAAAAGAGUUUCCAAAACCAUCUCGCCAGAACUCAUCCCGACACGACCUUCCCAGAUAUCGCUAUUGAUGUCCUAUGGUCUUGCUUUUGCUUCUACGCCUAUCAUCCAUUCCCACUCCCUGAUGCAGGGGACAAGAAACUGGACCUGUCAGCCUUUGAGCGUGGGUUGAUCCUGCUGGCUCUCCAAGGCACGAAACUCCUCGGCCUCGUCGACGAUGGAUUCGGUCAUUGCUGGUGGCGGAACGAGGAGCCCUGCAACUGCAAGUUGCGGCUGAAUCGGAUCUUCCGCAGCAUCAGUCUGGUUGUCGAUCGUCAGUCAACUUCAGAUUCACCAGUUGCGGGGUUUGACCCUUCCAUUACCGACGAUGUGAUUGAUGCGAUCCUCCCGACAUUCCCUGCCCAUCCUAAACUGCACCCUUCGCUUGAGCAGCUGAAGCCGCUGGCGGAACGUUUGCGCGAGGAGAGAAGAACAGACCAACUUCCGAUCAAGGCCAACGACUUGGCUGCUUUGCUCUGCCUCUUACUGAGGCUUAGGGUUCAUAAAUCGACCUGGAGCCGGGACUUUCAUUACGGCUCCUUCGAGGAAUCCAGUUCCGAGAAGGAGGAGUUGGCGAAUAUCCUGGCCCGAUCGUUUUGUCUUGGUCAGGACGAGGACUUGGCCCCCGAGUCAGUGCUGCGUGCUUUAGAUUUUCUGCCAAAUCUAGAGCAAUUGUUUCAUCAGCUGUGGUCCACCCUUUUUCAGCCUGGCACGCCCACGGAGAUACCAAACGUGGAAACCGAUUCAUCACCAGACACCAUGAUGGACGGGAUCCUGCGUGCAGUGUCGCUGUUUAUACCUUCUUUCCAGACCCAUAAGCGAACUGAAUUGGCUCGAAAAGUCCAGUUAAUCACCUUCCACAAAUUCUAUGACUCGAUAUCCCAGAGCUUGACAGACAGCCUUGAUCUGGACCAUAUAUUCCAGCCAAUUGUGCACAAAGACUCUGACCAAGAUCAGUCGCACCUUGUUCUCUUCUUGGGAAAUCAAGCUCCGGACUUGAAAGAGGUAGUGGUUGGAGCAUUCUUCCCGAGCGGUACGCUGACCCCUGCUGUUGCAAAAGAGGCAAAAAAGUUGGCAACGAUAAACACAGCAAGAAGAAUCCCCCUUCCACAGCUUCUCUUCCAGCUUAAGCCCAGCUUCAGUCUCUUUCGCUUGAACAAAGAGAGCAGCAGUUAUUCUUCGUCUCAAGCAGACGACAGUGCCACGGAGCAUUCUAUCGAUCACCUGACAUGCAUAGGAGAGCCCAACCGGUCAAAGGUGGGAUUGGAAUUGGAUCCCGUCACAAGGCAGGCUACAUUUCUGCGAGGCACAGCUACCGCCGCCAAUCGGAUGCCAGGCGCGUAUGAAGAGGUGGCUAGGAAGCAUGGUGAUGGGGCUGACACCGUGGAUGGGGAUCAGCAAGAGCGCAGAACAGCUUUUACAGUGACCCGUGUUGCCAUCUUCAACGUGGAAGGGGGGCCGAAAUACGAUAAUCCUUGGUAGUCGGGCAAGGUUAUGUACGAGUUCAAUUAUGAAGGAUAUUAUUGCUUCCAGUGUUUAUCUUUCUGGUCUCGUAGUAUUUGAUGGCAGUGUUUCUUAAUGGCAUCCGU